UGUUUGUUGUAUUUUCAACACAAUGAGCAAAGAAAGAAUGUCAGACCAAGUACGUGUAAAAGAAGAAGUGGCCGUGAAAGAGGAGCCGGAAUGGUCCGACGGCGAGUCGGCAGAAGUGAAGCCUGUGAUUAAAUAUGAGAUUGAAAUUAAAACGGAGGUGCUACCGCCUGAUGAGAUUCCCCCAGCUGAGGACACAACUACAACUGAGACAUGCACAGCAUCCCAAAAUAUAACAGAUGUCAGCACUACACCACAGUCAAACGAACCUCAAAGUUAUUACAAAAGAAUGAAAUCAAAAAAGACAUUCUUUUGUCACACCUGCAACCAAUAUUUCUCUAGCAAAACCGUCUUAAACACGCACAUUAGAAUUCAUCUCGACAUAAAGCCAUACUCCUGCGCAAUAUGCGACAAAAAGUUCAGGAGUGCGUCGUGUUUAACGAUCCAUAAGAGAGUACACACUGGUGAGAAACCGUAUAAGUGCGAAGUAUGUAAGAAACGGUUCACGAAGCGUGUUAAUUUGAAGAGACAUUUGCGGACGCAUGUUGCUGCAGGCUUGAUCGACGGCCCGGCUAUCAUGGGCGUCAAGCUAUUCGAAUGCGAAAUAUGCCACAAGCAGCUCACCAACAAGCGCAACUUAAUCGAUCACAUCCGCAUACACACAGGAGAGAAGCCCUUCAAAUGCGAUAUCUGCUCAAAACAGUUCGCCGACAAACGUAACUUAACCUGCCAUUUAAGAAUCCACACCGGUGAAAAACCUUAUUCGUGCCAUAUCUGUCAGCGCCAGUUUGUGCAAAAAGGACAGCUAAACUCUCAUUUACUAAGUCACUCUGCAGAAAAACCUUACCCGUGCGAUCUUUGUGAUAGACAAUUUACACGAAAAGAUCUCCUAGCACAUCAUAAGAAAGCUCACGAUGGGGAAAAACCGUACACCUGCGAAACGUGCCAAAAGAAAUUCGCCCGCAAAAUGCAUUUAAACAGACAUAUGAUCACGCAUUCUGAUACAAAGCCGUAUCCUUGCGAAAUUUGCCCUAGACAGUUUACUAAUAAACGUAACUUUAUUAGUCAUAACAAGAUUCACGCGGGUGAGGUGCCGUUUUCCUGCAUGACGUGUGUGAAACCGUUUAAAGAUGAGAAGGCGUUGUCUAGACAUAAAAGACUCGUGUGCGAGAGAGAUCCUAGUUUGGGGCCUUUAAAACCUAGGAAAAGGAGUAAAAGGAAAGCGCCUGAGAAAAAAAAAGAGAUUGAACCAACACAGGCUCUGAAUUUGACAGUUAGUAUUAAGGAAGAACCUGAGUCUUAG